AGGCUACUGUAAAAGUAAUUAUACCUAUUAAAUAGGCUACACCAAUUGUUGGUUUUAUGGAACAUCUUAUUUUAAACUAGGUGACGAUACAAGUUAGGCUUCUGUACACAAGGGUCAAGAUGGUCAACGGAGUGUUCUGUCUGUGAUGGAUAAAUCAUCAGUGUUCUGUUAUCUACUUUGUAGUCAAAAUUGAUAGGGUAAUCUAAAUUGAUAUAGCCUAAGAAACGUUGCUCCAAAUGAGUAGCCUAGACGAUUAUUCAUUUAGGUGCAUAUCAUUUUUGCUCCAAGUUAGAUUGCUGAGGGGUGCUGAAUUAAAUUGCAUAUGGUAUUAGUAGAGUAGAUCCUAAAUCUAAUAUUGGAUGCAUAUCGUGCUGUCAGGUGUUGCCAUUUUACAAAGUACCACUGUUAUUACAAAGUAACAAACGUGUACCACGAGAGGAACUAGCGUGCUACAUUGUAACAUUCUACGUCGAACGGUUGUUCAGAGAAUUCGAAACGGAAGCUGGUCCGUCCGCUCUUUCGUCCGACUGUGGUCACAUCGAGUUCUGACCUUAUGAUCUGGUUAGCUAGCCUCUAAGGACAGCAAACAGACACCUUGUCAUUACCCUAUGAUUGUAAGCUCAUACAGAAUGCCUGGAUCAGCCCCAGCCAACGGCGAGGCCACGUGGCCCAAAGAUGUGGGCGUCAUCGCCCUGGAGAUCUACUUCCCCUCACAGUAUGUGGACCAGGCCGAGCUGGAGCAGUUUGACGGCGUGUCGGCCGGCAAGUACACGGUGGGCCUAGGCCAGGCGCGUAUGGGCUUCUGCUCGGACCACGAGGACAUCAACUCCCUCUGCCUGACGGUGGUCCAGCGGCUGAUGGAAAGGAAUGGCCUCUCCUACGACCAGGUGGGCCGUUUGGAGGUGGGCACUGAGACCAUCAUCGACAAGUCCAAGUCGGUGAAGACGGUGGUGAUGCAGCUGUUCGAGGAAUCGGGCAACACGGACGUGGAGGGGAUUGACACGACAAACGCUUGCUAUGGGGGCACCGCCGCCCUCUUCAACGCCGUCAACUGGGUGGAGUCUAGCUCCUGGGACGGUCGUUAUGCCCUGGCGGUGGCAGGAGACAUUGCAGUUUACGCCACAGGAAGUGCCCGGCCGACAGGGGGCGCCGGUGCGAUAGCCAUGUUGGUAGGGCCCAACGCCCCACUGGCUUUUGACAGAGGUCUGCGGGGUACACACAUGCAGCACGCCUACGACUUCUACAAGCCAGACAUGGCGUCAGAAUACCCUGUGGUGGACGGAAAGCUGUCUAUCGAGUGCUACCUCAGCGCGUUAGAUCGCUGUUACUCUGUCUACCGCAACAAGAUCCAUGCACAGUGGCAAAGAGAGGGUGUGGACAAGCGUUUCAGCCUGGAGGACUUUGGCUACAUGGUGUUCCACUCUCCCUACUGCAAGCUGGUGCAGAAGUCCUUAGCCCGUCUGGUGCUCAGUGACUUCCUCAGCCACCCCAGGCCCAACACAGAGACUGGACCAUUCAGUGGCCUGGAGGCUUUCAGGGAGGUGAAGCCGGAAGAGACCUACUUCAACAGGGAUGUGGAGAAGGCCUUCAUGAAGGCCAGCACAGAGAUGUUUGAUCAGAAGACCAAGGCUUCCCUCCUCGUCUCCAACCAGAACGGCAACAUGUACACCCCCUCUGUCUACGGCUGCCUUGCUUCUGUCAUCGCACAACACACACCUCAGCACCUGGCGGGCCAGAGAAUCGGCCUGUUCUCCUACGGCUCAGGGUUUGCCGCCACACUCUACUCCCUCCGAGUCUCCCAGGACGCCACGCCUGGCUCUGGAUUGGAUAAGCUCUGUGCCAGCCUGUGUGACCUCAAGGCCAGACUGGACUCCAGGAGGAAGGUGUCACCUGCCAUGUUUGCGGAAAACAUGCAGCUGAGGGAAGAUACCCACCACCUAGCACCGUACGUGCCCCAGGGCGCUGUGGAGGAGCUGUUUCCUGGGACGUGGUAUCUGACCCGGGUGGACGAAAAGCACCGUCGGGAGUACUCCAGACGCUCCCUGAACGACGACUUGCCCCUGGAGGCUGGCCUGGUCAACUCCACCACAGCCACUGAGCAGCACAUCCCAAGCCCAGUGAAGAAGAUGCCCCGCCUCCCCGCCUCCACAGCUGGUCCUGAGGCAGUCACCGUUAGCAAUGGGGAUCAUUAAGCUAAGCUUACCUCUGUGAGGUACAGGUAGACAUGGAGGACGAUCAACAAAGGACAUUGGAAACACAAUUAUAAUGCUAGCAGAGAGGACCCCCCCCCGUGCACCUUCUCCUCAGAGAUAUGUUUUCUAACAUAUUGCUGAAUGCUGCGUAAAACCAAGCUAUUUAACGAUCACAUCGUAGAAUUUAUCUUCAACCAUCAUUGCUCUCAAUUAUGUAACAGGGAGUAAUAUUAUAUGAAAUGUGUGUGUUCCAUUGGAUGCGUGGAAAGGAAAAGUGUUUGUCAAGGUAGCAGACAUUCCUGAAACUAAAAUCCUCAAGAUUCCACAUAAUUCCUGAGCCAGGGUGAAAAAAAUCAGAUUUCGGCUAUUAAGAUUAUGUUUUGCAUAAAUUUGCAUUUCCCUUUUUCAAAAAGAAUAAAAUAAAGUAUUUAUAGCCCAACAAAUUCAACAAGUUAUUUUUUAUUUAAUUUUGGACCAAUUCUUUGUUAAAAAUAUUUUUUAUCUUACUUAUCAUGGCACAAACUUAAUAGUGGAUGAAGAAAAAAAUCAUAGUACAUUUAUUUAAUCCGGGUAUUGAAACAAAAUGUUGGAGAAGAAAAGUAGAAGGGAUGAAAAAUAGAAGCUCCAUCUUAAGUCAACUAUUAUCUUCACUCGUAGCAUCAAGAGGAAAUGGAAGCUUGAGGAACAAGACUGCCUGCAGGCCUUUGGGGAUAAAAAGGGAAGUGAGGCCUCUUAACUCUGUUUGUUUAUCAAAUGCUGCUGCUACCGUUGCAACUUGCUGUAAUGACUUUUUUUUUAACCUUUAUUUAACUAGGCAAGUCAGUUAAGAACAAAUUCUUAUUUUCAAUGACGGCCUAGGAACAGUGGGUUAACUGCCUGUUCAGGGGCAGAACGACAGAUUUGUACCUUUUACAUUUACAUUUACAUUUAAGUCAUUUAGCAGACGCUCUUAUCCAGAGCGACUUACAGCUCGGGGUUAUGAACUUGCAACCUUCCGGUUACUAGUCCAACACUCUAACCACUAGGCUACCCUGACUUGAGCUGUACAAAGCAGCUACACCCCUACUAUACCUUAAGUUUGACCGAUUUCAGAAUAAUUCCAUUUGCUAUGUAGGGGAAACAUAAUAAUUAUGUGGGCGCUUAUAUUUAUCCUAUUUCACACAUGUGAAUUGGAAAUGAGUUUUUUGCAUAUCCCAACUCCCCCUUGAGAUACCCUCAGAGUGGUGUCACGUCCAGGGAUCAGACGUUAUUGACUGCAACCCUGGAGCAAUUAGGGUUAAGUACCUUGCUCAUGGGCACAUCAACAGAUAUUUCACCUACUCGGCUGGGGUGUUCGAACCAGCGACCUUUCAGUUACUUGCCCAAUAUUCUUAACCGCUACACUACUAAUAGUCAGAAUUAGUUUUCUCUUAGGACUCUUUGUUAUACCACCAUGGACAAAUAUCAGGGAAGAGGGACUGAACGGUCUGAGUUACAUUUAAGUAAUUUAGCAGAUGCUCUUAUCCAGAGACACUUACAGUAGUGAGUGCAUACAUGUUCAUAUUGUUUUGUACAAGUUCCCCGUGGGAAUGGAAACCCACAACCCUGGCGUUGCAAGCUCUUUGCCCUACCAACUGAGCAACAAUUCCACAUGUUUAAAUCAUGUGUUCAAUGUUUCCCGCUGCGGUGAUUGCACUUCAGACUAAAACGGUGAAAUGCCUCAAUUGAGCAUGCCGUUUUAUCAGAGCUUUAAUUCUCACCAGGCUCUGAUAAUCUAUACAAUAUGUAAAAUAACAUUUUGUUUGAGUUCUUGUUUGUCCUUAAAUAUUUUUUGGGGGAAAACAUUUCGGCAGAUACAUCUAUUUCCUGGAAUUACGUAAAUUGACAUGGUCAAUUUAGUCUCCGUGCAGAAACUUUUAAAUCAGUUAAAAAAGACAUAUGUCCAACAAGUUAUUGUUUUAAUGUAGUGUGUUGAAGAAAGUCAUGUUCUGUGUCUCUACAACGUGUCUUUCCUUACUAGACUUAAGGGACCAGAUGCUGUCCUGAAAGGGUUGUGUUUUUUUUAACACUGACAGGGAUAGGACUAGUUAUAGACUGUAAAGAAACCAAAUCUUGACACAGGCAGAAAAUGCUCAGGCAGAAAUACCUGCAAACAUCAGCCUUAAAGGGAACAGAGUUGGGGGGCAUACUUAUUUUUUCUUUCACAUAAAUGUUUUGCAUUUCCUCUGCAACGUUGGGCGACAGAGUUGUAGUCCAUUUCCAAUCUCUCAAGUUGGAGAAGCCUUACAAUAAGCAUGUACUAAAUGUAGAAAAUAGCUAUACUCAUGAUAAUGUACAGAUAUUUUAAUUUUUAACAGCCAAGAUAAGUUGCCUCUGUUUAUAUCUGUGUAUGGCUGAUGUUUACAUUGUUUCUCUGAGAUCAGAUAAUUAAAAAAUAAUAAUAAUUGGUGGGUAAUGUAUAGUACUAACUAAGAUUAUUUAUAUUUGUAGAUAUAAAUAAAUUGGCGUCUGAUCAAGUGUCUCUUUUAUAGCAACGAUCUGUAUAGAGAUGAUGUAAUAACAAUGUAGAGAUGUAUUAAGAGAUGAACUGAAUAAUAAAUAUAUGUUCAUUUAAA